CACACUCACUUCAUUGCAAAGAGAGAAAGAAAAUUGGCUCCCAAGGCGCUAUUUUCUUUCUAUGUUUUUUUCAAGAACUCCAUUUGUGUAGAAAAGUUUCAUCCGACCCGACCACCUUCUUCUUGUUGUCGUUCUUCUCCUUCUUCGUGAUCGGAAACUUGGGUUUCUCUUUUUACAGAAAGAGGCGAUCAGAAUGUUGGCGUUCACCGAAGCCACGGAUACCCCAAACAUUCAUGUUUUCGACAACGCCGCCUUUUCUGAUGAUGAAGAAGAGGACAAAGAAGAGAUGGCCACCGUAAACGUCUCGUGGGGGUCACCUCGGCCGAGCUUCUUCGAUUCGAUGGAAUCGGACUCCGGCAAGGAAAACCGGAGCCCGGACGCUUUCUCAUCGGUUGCCUAUUCUUGGCGGCCGCAGAAGCCGCUUAAGCCUCAAUCUGGAACCACUGUGGAGAAGCCCUUGAAAUCGAUCCUGAAAAAUGGUGUUUCUUCUGCGGCCAAGAACACGUCCGAGAGCGACAGGAUUUCUGCAGGGAUCGAAGAUAUUGAGAACCAGAUCAGGCGUUUGACGGGAAAAUUGGCCGAGCUCCGACUCCAACAAGCAGCGGCUGCCGAAGCAGAGGGGCAGGCACAGGGGAAGCAGCAUGCAGAAUGUGAAAAGAACAAGGGAGAAAAGGAAAAGAAGCGGGAAGUGGAGGUCAUGGUUGGAGAUUCCUGCAAUCUCCAGACUGCAGCCUGCGUGAAGCAGCCGGUGAGGCGGGGAAGAAUUGUGGCGGCCAAGUUCAUGACGGGCGUCGCAUCCUUGCAUAAGAAAAUGGUGGAGUUGCAGGAACCGCCAACCAGAUUCCAGCAAGACCGCCGUAAAUCUUGCUUCACAAGGCUUCCUUUAGAAGAGCAAAAGGAAAUGAGGAAAGUCUCGAGGAGUCUGAGCCUCAGUCCUCGAAAACCUGCGCCACGGAUUUUCAAAAUCAGUGGUUUCCCCACAGUUGGAGCAAAAGUUCCGGUAAGAAAAGCCGAUGUUACCACAUUAGCCAAACCUAAGGCUCUCUUCCCAGACAAUGUAGCAGGUAGCGGCCGAAGAGACUACUCCGGAAAAGUACCUGAUCAACCGAUCGCCUCGCUACAAAGUCGCCGGAAAUCGUGCUACUACAAGUUGCCCAAGGAAAGUGUUGAGAAGGCUAAAGGUCCGAGAAGCUCAAGCUUGAGUCCUAAAAAACCACGACCAUCGGUCUCAAAAACUCCGGGAUUCUUGACGGUUGGAUCGAAACAACCUGUGAAGAGAGAUGGACUUACCAAUUUAACACAGCCUAAGACUCUCUUCCCAGACAAUGUAGCAGGUAUCGGCCGAAGAGACUACUCCGGGAAAGUUCCUGAUCAACCGAUCGCCUCGCUGCAAAUUCGCCGGAAAUCGUGCUACUACAAGUUGCCCAAGGAAGGUAUUGAGAAAGCUAAAGGUCCAAGAAGCUCAAGCUUGAGUCCAAAAAAACCACGACCAUCGAUCUCAAAAACUCCGGGAUUCUUGACGGUUGGAUCGAAAAAACCUGUGAAGAGAGAUGGAGUUAUCAAUUUAACACAGCCUAAAACCCUCUUUCAGGGAGAAGAAGCUGGCGGCGGAAGAAAACCAGUGGCUGGGAAUAUGAAAAGCUCGAGGGUCGUCGGCAGCCGGUAUGUUAAGACUUCUACCGUGUCUAAAAAAGGCGUAGCUGCAUGUGGCUCACAGACUAACCUGAAAGUCAUAGGCAAACAGUCGUUGCAGGCAAGCAGAAAGGAAGUAGCUAAGAAAACAGGAGGGGAGGCUAGAAGACAACCAGCGAAGGAGGUUCUUGACGCCGAUAAUGGAACGGUUGACAAUGGAGAGCCUGUAACUCCCCAGAAACCUGAGCAGGAAAGUCCGGCACCCCGUCGGAAGAUGUGGAUGCAAGAAUCUCCAGUCACCGCCAUGGCCAAUCUUCUUCCCAAGAUCAGAACAAUCCGAACGACGCCAGAAAGCCCUCGUGAUUCAGGCUGCGUCAAGAGAGCUGUAGACCGCAUUGGGAUGUUAUCAUACUUUCAGGAAGAUGAAUUGGUAUCAAGUAGAUCGCUUGAUCCCCUCUCUUUUGUGGAAGAAUGAAACAGUCAGAGACUUCGAAUAAGACGAUAUGAAUGUAACUAGUUCAUGAUUCCCAUUGUUUUUUUUUUUUUUUUACUGUUAUGAUAAUCGUGCAAAGUUUAGUGUGCUAUCAUCAUAUAUACUAUUGAUGGUACAAUAAUGUUGAACCUGAACGGAUGAAGAAAGAAUUGAAAAUAUAU